AUGGGACGUAAAUUUGUAUUCGUGAUGAUUUUUAUUUUCGAAUGUCUUCUGACUGAGAGUAUAAUCCUGGUGGUACCUGAAGAUGUGCCGGCGGGCUUUGCAACUAUAUUUGGCUUCAGCCCACGACUUAAAUUUGGUAACGACCAACGUGCCGGUUUUGGGUUCCGCUUCGGCAACCACGCUGAUUUUCAGCUGAUGUACGAGUUUGGACCCCAACUUCUGACAAAGCCUCUGCCUAAAACCUCUCGUAUUCGUGCUGCAUCGUACAGUCGUAUAAUAAGAAGACGUCCACUACUCGACUUCCUUCUGAACCUCGGCCUCUUGAAAGAGAUUUCGUACAGAUACGAUAUAGUCACUGAGAGCUCAGAAAUUGUUGAUAACGAGCCAAGAUAAGAGUAUAUUUUACUACAUGCAACUCAAAUUCUUGCAGCAAUUUUUUUUCAGCAAGAUUAUUACAUCCAUUUUAUUG